AUGGCCGAUUUUUCCGUGCAAGAUCUAAGCAGCUCUCAAACCCAAAGUUCUUUACAAGCUUCUCCCCAAGUUGUCUUAAAAGUAUCAAGCAUUGAUAAAUCAGUAAAUAAAAAAGCUUAUAAAACACAAAAUAAUUGUGUUAUAUGCAAUGUGAACUUUGCAAAAGGUGGCCCAGUUUCUGUCCAAAAGCAUACUUGGUAGUGUUUAUUCAGCCGUUUCUGUUAUCAAGCAGUGUGUUCAAGCUGUUCUCCUCUGACUGCAAUUCAUCCCAGCACCAAUAACUUAGAACGUAUUUGUAUCCCAUGCUAUACCCGAUAUCUCAAGGAAGAAAUUGAAAGGGAAAAUGAAGCAGAAAAACAAGGAGUGAUCAGUCGAGAAGUGGAGCUGCGAAAAUCAUUGAACUCUGAAAAAAUGAAGCUUGAAGAAGAGCUAGAUAAGGUGAGAAAUGAACAAAUGGGAUUAAAAAGCCAAGUGUUAACCCUAUCAAGCGAGCUAGAGUGCUUAAAUCAUCAGAAAAUAAAUGUUCAGACGAGUGAAAAUAAGAAUGAUAGCAGUGUGCCGAUUAGUGAUCUUUUGGAAAAAUUAAGAGAGCAGGAGAUGGAAAAUGCGAGACUGCAAAAAGAAGUACAAACGUUGAAAACGAGCUCUAAUUCAAGACCUUCCUCUAGUGCUUGUGAGCAUUGCAGUGUUCAGUAA